CUCGUAGGUUGCAACCUCCCCCAGGCCAAUCACCAGCGACUUGCAAUCACCCGUGACGCCGCCAUCUACACUACUUCGCAGCAACAACGCCAUCGACCCAUCGAUGAACUCCCUUGGCAGCAUGCAAGCCAUGCUGACAUCACCACUUGUGCCCGACGCCCAAGCAGAGUUCCCUGGCUGCCUCUACUCGAACAAAUCCUGUGCCAACCCACGAACUACCAAGAAGGACGGGUCCCUCCAUCGACUGUGUGCGUACCACCAGGAGCGAGCUAACUCGAGGCAGAAGCAGUACCUUCGCAAGCGCAAGCACAUGGAAGCAGGGCCACCGCCUGCCGUCCGACCCAACGACACCGCGCGAGUGUCACCAAGAGCCGCCGGUUCGAUGCACCUCCGUGGGAUCGAACCGAUUGCAUUUGACGCGGAAGAAGCCACGUUGUCCGACACCGAAGUGCAGAUGCUCGCGGCAUCGAUGACGGGUGACGACUACGACGACGAUCCAGAAGAUGGUGACGACGUGGACAACGAUGACUCUGAAGGCAACCACAGCAUCCACCACAGCACAGCUCAGUCACUGCCAUGGCGUCAUCCCAGGAACGCAUCAUAAUAUAGAUUUAGAUGACGUAUGAGA